GGGGCGGGGCGGGGCGGGCGCCCCUCGGCCGGCGGCAUGGGGCGGGCGGCGGAGACCGGGAGGCGGCCGGGGCCGCGGCCGCCGCCCCCGCGCGCCGCUCCCUGAGACGCUCGGGCCGCCGCCGCUCACCAGGAAAACAGAUUAUAGACAAUAUAUAUUCCAAACAAGGAAAAAGGGAGAGUGGGAAGCAACCUGGCAUAAGGUUUGUGGAGGCUGAGAUGCUUCUGAAAUUAUAGAAGAAGUAUCUUAUUGGUCCAUCUCUUUGCCGAGAGACUGCUGAGUCCGUGAAUCUAGGCUGGAAAUGAACCCAAGAAGUAACGUGAAGGGCCAUGUGAAGCUCUGUCGUAGCAGAAAUUUGCUAAAAGAUUGCUUUACUUAAUUUCAGAAAUUGAGAAGGGAUAAGUGGAAGGAGAAAAUGUUGGGCUGGUGCCAAGCGAUAGCUCGUAACCCUCACAGACUUCCAAACAGCACAAGAACACCCGAGGUCUCAGGUGAUGCUUCACAUAACUCUACUUUGAAUGACAAAUCCCCAGGGCGUUCCGCAAGUAGAUCAAGUAACAUUUCAAAGGCAAGCAGUCCUACAACAGGAACAGCUCCCAGGAGUCAGUCACGAUUGUCGGUCUGCCCUUCCACUCAGGACAUUUGUAGAUCUACUACAUUGCAUGAUUUGUCAGAAGAUGAGCUUGAACAUACAACCCCUGUCAUGGUGCUGACACCUUCUAGUAGGGAGUCUGGUAAGAAACAAGUAAAACGAAGGUUUAGGCGGAGAAAAGAGACUGGAGACAAUGGUGAGCAUACAGAAAAGCAAGGAAAGGGGAAGGACUGUAAAUUACAUCCUGAGGCUGCGAGAUCCAGCUGGAUUGCACCUGAUUCUUCAUCAUCAUCGGAUGAGAGUCAGUGGGCUCAGGUUAGGAGGAGAGCAAGAGAAAAGGUCAAAAUGCCCAGGAGAGGGAGAAGGAAUAGAUCAUGCAGUACCCAAGAUGGGUCCUCAAACAAUAAUGCUGUUGAACUUGUCACCCUGGGGACAAUGGGGAAAAAGAAGCAAGAGGUAUCUGAUCCUGAGAAUCCUACUUUAAAUCACCGCAGAAGAAGGGUUCCAAGGUUUAAGGAAUCUCAGUCUUCAGCAUCAUCUCAGGAAGCGAGGAUUGCCUCAAGAAAAUGUGGAAAAAGCAAAGGGAAAAGCUACUACAGAGAUCGGCAGUCUGCAUCUUACCUUAGACACAGUAAAGAUAUGAAGGACUGCUUUGCAGAGGGAGGCUCUGGCAGCGACGCUCUGGCAGUCCCAGAUAACGGAGCACCUGCUGGGGCAGGGCCCAGUGUGGCUGAUGCUGUUCACAAGUCUCCAGUGUUGUGUGAUGACUGGUCUGAUGAUUUAGAAGUAUGCAGGAUCUGUCACUGUGAGGGCGAUGAUGAAAGUCCCCUCAUCACACCGUGUCGCUGCACAGGGACCCUGCGCUUUGUUCAUCAGGCCUGCCUGCACCAGUGGAUUAAGAGCUCAGACACGCGCUGUUGUGAACUCUGCAAGUACGACUUUAUAAUGGAGACCAAACUCAAGCCUCUUCGGAAGUGGGAGAAACUACAGAUGACAACAAGCGAGAGGAGGAAAAUAGUUUGUUCAGUCACAUUCCACGUAAUUGCUAUUACCUGCGUUGUUUGGUCAUUGUAUGUUUUAAUUGAUAGAACUGCUGAGGAAAUUAAACAAGGCAAUGACAAUGGUGUCCUUGAAUGGCCAUUUUGGACAAAACUCGUUGUGGUGGCCAUUGGAUUCACAGGGGGCCUCGUCUUCAUGUACGUACAAUGUAAGGUUUACGUGCAGCUGUGGCGCAGGUUGAAAGCCUACAAUAGAGUGAUCUUUGUUCAGAACUGCCCAGACACUGCCAAAAAACUGGAGGAGAAAAACUCUUUGGGCACUCAGAACGCCGAUGUCAAGGAUGCGGUGGUCGUGCCAGUAGCACACGCAGGUACAAACUCUCAGCUGGCAGCUGAAGAAAUGACAUCCGAGGUCAUGCCAGUUUGACAGAGACAGCAUUGUUUCCUCCUUGCAGAAUAAGGUGUAGUGUUUUCUACACUACAAAUGCUAUAAGAGAGUAGAAGUAACUGCAUUUUUUUCAGUUAAAAAAAAAACCAACACAAAAACCAGAACCCUGACAAGGAAAACGGAUCCAGCAAAGCAACUUGUUACUGUAUGGAACGUGACCAUUUGUGAAGUAGUUUCUCAAGUAGUCAGCCAAGUGUAGUGAAAGUGCAAGUGUAGAAAGUGCAAUAGAGAACAAGUUUAACAGACAAUGCCAAACCAAUGUGACAAGAUGACCUUUUAUUUUGAAAAAUUGGAUAGCUGAGAAAGUAGAAACAGACCUGCUCUAAUCAUUUUGUUUACAGAAAAGAAAAACCUUUCAUCCAUUUGUUACUCCUAAGGGUCUUAUUUGCUCAUUAUCUUCUUAAAGAUGCACUUCAAAAUAAUACCAGUCAAGUAAUACAUGUUAACUGACUAGAAGUAUGCAGAGCUGUAUCACAGCAAACACUCUCUAAGCCUAAGGGAACACAAGUUCAUGCAACUACAGUGGAGCCUGAAUAUUUUGGCAGCUGUAUCAGCUUAAGGAUAUUUGAAGCAUUUGAAGGGUAGCAUUGUUUUUUAAUAUGUCUGAAUUUUUGAGAGUAAGGAAUUCCAAACAGUACAAACUCAUGCCCGUGUAAACUACAGCUUUUUUUAAACUACAGCUGUUAGCAAAAUAAGAAAAGGAGAGAGAGAAUUUGUAGAUUUCCAUCUGGAACAGCAGCUCGGCUGUUUACUUUACUCUGUAAGAGUGAAUUAGAAUUCUCUUUCAUAAAUUGGAUAUACAGAGUUUUAAAGCAAAACUGUAAGAUAGAAAUGCAGUUUACUGCAGAAUCACGUAAAAUUAAAUUGAAUACUAUUAAAGGUCUGGAAAAGGGUGACAAAUAGGGAAGAUGGAAGUUUUUUUGGUUUUAUUUAUUUUUUAAGAUUCAUGAUACAGAAGGGUAGGCGUAAGAGAAAAUACAUAGAUAUCUUAAGAGAAUUUUAGUUUUUAUCUCCCUGUCCUGAACUGACUGAAAAGUAAAUCAAUGGUUUCUCUCUGCACACAGUAAACUUGAGGUGUUAGAGAUUGAGCAGUUCAGCAGUUACUUUUGUGUUUAAGCAUUCUCAUGUAAAAAUGAGGUGUGAAUAGCAUUAAAAGGUGCAAUAUAGAUAAAUGAAUGUAGAUAUAAAACUGUGUCCAACAGGGUGAAUUAUAUAAAGAACCAUUUUGUGAUUCGUUUUUCAUACCUGUGAUGUUGACCAUCAGGACAUGACAGCCAGUAUUGACUUGGAAUUAUAUGCAGGCUUGGACAAGUCUGGGGCCUGAACAUAACAAUAAAAGGUACUUGGACAAGGGAGGAAAAGCAAACAAGCAAAUAAAGAACCAGAGAAAAGAUGAUGAGAGACCACUGGUUCAUCCACAGGGGGAAAUCUGCCAUAACUGGCAGAGAACUUGACAGUCUUUCACAGAAGUCUCGCAGUUUCUAAUGGUAAAUUUCCUUGUUACACACACAAAUUUCUACAAUUAAAUAACAGAACCAUCCCAUUCUUGCAAUUAUCAAGGGUGCUGGGUCUAAUAGGUAUUAGAAUUUAUAUAUUAAGCAUUCCUUUGUGAACAUGUUUACACUGGCUUUAAGCCUCAGAGCAUACCUAAAAUAGCAGUUUUAUUUGUUACCUGAUCAUUAUGUUCCUUUGCUUUGGAAUUGAUAAUGUUAUUUGGCUGUGACAAGUGACUGUCAUUUGGCUAGACGGGAUACAAAGUCUUGAUGCUUGAGUAGGCCCUAAAUCCAUAUUAAUAUUUGUCCUCAAUUGCUCCAGCUGGGUUGGAUUAAUGUUCAAGUCUAAGUCUUUUCACAUAGUGACAUUUGCUUUUCAUAUAAAAUAACAUUCCAAUUAUACAGUUGCAGAAUUGGAAUUAUAACAGCUUCUCAUUUGUGAUACAAGAGUAACCAAAUCAAUUCUGGGUUUAUAAUUGUGGAAGAAGCUUCAGAAGGUCUUCAGAAAGCCAUGACAGUACCGAGGAAUGCCUAGUAACUGCAGGUACUUAAGAUAUUCUACAAAGGCAUGGUUUUCUAAAAGUGUAAGCCUACCUGCUAAAAAGUAAAUCUCAAGAUAUCCAACCUUAGAUAUUUAAAAUUACUAGACGCCUUUAAAUGUUUGGAUAGAUGUUUACAACAAAACCAGAUGAAUCACAGGAAAAUCAACUGAAUAGGAGUAAUAUCAUGAAAGAUAAUUAAGAUGUUUCUGAAACAGCAGAAAGUUUCUUACUGACAAUCCCUUUAUGUUCAUUUAAACAAAAUUAUUCCCUUCUUUAGCUUGCUUGCUCCUUGACUUGCUCUAGCACCACAAUCCCACAGAAAGUACUUUAUCCCUUAUUUCGACAGUUUACUGAAGACUCACUCAUACUGUUUGUUUUCUUGAACAAGUAUAAAUUUCAAAUCAAAGACAAAAUACUUGAGGCUUUUGAAAGUAAAUCUAUGGCAUCCAACAAGAUUAUUGCACAUUUUUAAAAAAUAUAUCGCAGAGUCAGCAACAGAACACACACCUUGCAAAAUCAUUUUAUACUAAUGACCUCAACUUCAGAACACUAUUGUGGCGCUCACCACAACCUCUCAUGCAACUGAGCUUCCAGUUAAAUUUAAGAAUGGAGAAAAACCUCAGUUGAAAUUCCUCCUAUCCCUUUGAAAUAUUUAUUUGUGGGAAAAGACGCAAAAUAAGACAUUGUCUGCUGAAGUCAGCAGCAAUAUAGCUUACAGACAGCUUGAAGCACUCUUUAACCUCUUAAAGCAUUACAAUAUUACCCCCUGCAUCCCUCUCUUCCUCGGUGCAGUGAAUAUUCUAGAGCUUUUAGGGAUUUCAUGCUAGACUGGAAUUUGUUUCUUUAGCAGGCUGGGACCUCUUCAAGAGGACAAGCUGCUAUUCUUAUCAACAUGCCUUGGAUACAGGUCUGCAUGAAUAAGGAAGGUGCAUGAAUAUAGACACUAGACAGCUGCUUAUCAACCAUGCUUUUUCAUUCCUACACAAAGCACAACAUUCUGUAUUAAUUUAAUGACUACAGGAUUCUAUGCUGCCAAAGCAGCGUAGUUAAAGUUUUAAGAUACAUUCUAAGACUUUCUAAUGAAGCGCGUAAUGAUAUAGCUAAUAAAGAUCAGUACAGAACUGCCUGUGUAGCCACAGUGUAUCCCAGGCCAAUGCACUGAAAGUGGAACUUAGCUGCACUAAGACCCGCAAGAGCGGAAUCCUCAGAGCUGCCACUACAGUGAAGAGCUUAAUCUGCAUUCUUGUUUCAGCAAAGCAUUAGUGAAGGUAGGUGAAAGAAAACUGAUCUAAGAUAAGAUCUAGAUUUUUUUUAAAGAUACUUUCAACCUGUGAACAUGCAUCUUUCUUUUCCUGAUUUUUUAAGUUACCAGCAUUAUGAAGAUUAUUUGAAACUGGCAAAAACAUACUACUGUUGACUAUCAUUAGCAUUAUGAAGCUUCUCAACUAGUCCAAUGGUGCCAUUCACACACUGCUGUAUCUGAAAGCAGUGCUUAUUUUUCUGUCCUGUAGAAAAAAGAGUUCUCUCUCCAUCACCAGAACAAACUGUUUAUAAUUUCUAAUAAUGCAAUGAAAGUUACUCUAUGAUGAAAGUAUUUUACUGUGUGUAAUAUUUGGAACUACAAGUUUGUGUUUCUUGUUUAACUCCCUUCUCUUUUGCAAAAGAAGAAUUACAUGUUUUUGUGGGUGAACGUGUAUUGAAAGACAGAAGGAAAGGGAAACAAAAGUAAUAUAUCUUGCUUAUUUGUUGUGAAGAAAUUGUAUUUGUAUUAAACAAAUGACCCAAAAGUA